UGUCCUUGGCAUCUGCGAUCUGCUGCUACUAUCUCUGCUUUUGCUUCGUGUGCCUCGACCACCCAAGCUCGGCUCUCUCGACAACCAAACACAACACCCGACGGACCCACCCGGCCCGCAACGCGAAAGAAGACAGCAAAGCAAUCUUAGCCACAGCCAUGAAGCUUGCGUGCUGCGUGUUGGUGUGGGCUUGCGCCUUGGCGGCGAGGGUGGCGGAGGCGUUCGUGCCGGCGCUCGCGGGCCGGGCCGGGAUCAUGUCGGCGGCAGGCCGCCAAGCAUCCAUGUCGCCUGCGGCUGCAGGGAGGCAAAACGCCUUUUCGCACACGUCCUACGGCUCGCCGGCACAAGCACAGUCGUCGAGGUGGCUCAGCGGCCGACCUUCCUCCGGGGCUAGCACAACAACCAUGGGCCUCUUCGGCCUCGGCGCUCCGGAGAUCGCGGUGUGCAUUGCCGUCGCCGCGCUGAUCCUCGGUCCCGAUAAGAUGGCAGGCUUCGCGAAGGACAUGGGGAAGAUGGCGGGGGAGCUGAAGGACGUGCCAAAGGAGUUCCAGGCGGGUGUCGAGGAAGGCGAGGCGAAGACUCAAAAGACCAUCAGGGAGAUCGAAAGCAACGGAUUGGCCGUGGAGGAUGCCGAGCCAGCCACCAAGAAGGAAGAGGAGGAGAAAGCCUGAUGCCUUAUUGGCUGAUUCCUUGCUUUUGAUGUUUCACGCGUAUUCUUUUUUUCCCUGUUUUUAGACUGAUAUCUUGGAAGGUUUUCUAGGUACAGGGCGGGUGGGCACACGGCGGCGCUUACUAAGAAUUAGGUAUGGUGAGUGUACUGCGUGCGCGUUUAUAUCCGUCUGUCCUGCCUCUCGUUUUCUGGUUUUGCAUAGAUAAAAAGCUGAAACCGACGAGUAUAGUCUGUAAAGGGUGUCGGCGGUGCGGCUGUGGAUUGAUGGCACGAGCUGCGCGGUCGCUACUAAUAACGGAGGUUUGAGGUCCAAGACAAGCAUCGCCGGGCAGCGGCGUAGAUAAUGAUUGACGAUUUCCUGUGAUUAUCUUGUACCUUCUCGCGUGUGUGUGACCCCGGCUGUUGCGUCAAGCGUAGAGUAGCGGUUUUUGCUUGUUUUAAGCCGCAGGGUGCCACGGGGUUCGGCGGGCAUCAUACUCGGCACUGUUCAGAGUGUGAGUCAGCCACUUGAUACAAAAUGCCAUCUAUGUCACGCGAUUCCAACGGCAACGGCCUUCUAAGGGCUAAUGACGACUGGCCUUGCUUUUGCGGCCUCUUUCAGCAGGGAACACACCAUCAGUGCUGUGUACAGACGGUAGAUAGAUGUUGACUGGCGCCAGAGUAGAUGGGGAGGAGAG